AUGAAUAUUAUUGAGGACAAAACUGGCGCGGUGACGGGCUUCUCUCGAUCGGUGGUAAUCCCUACAGAGGCCAUCGCCAUGGCAGUAAAAAGGAAUGGCUCAUUUGCUGCAGUUCUACUUUUUCCAGGAAUGCAUCAGGAUGACCCCGAAAGAAAAGGAAACUGGAUCACAGAUGGCUGUGAGACAAAAGUGGUCAACGACAGCAUCACAUGCCAGUGCUCUCACCUGACAUUUUUCGCAAUACUGUUGUCUCCUGCACCUGGAAACAUAAGCGCUUCAGAUUUGAAGUCUCUGACCUACAUCACGUCAGUCGGCUGCGGCCUGUCGAUGUUCUUUUUGGCAGUGGCUCUCUUCAUGUAUUUUCUUAUCAGAAAAGGGAAAGCAAGCCAAGCAACUAAGAUCCUGAUGAACCUCUUUGUUGCCAUGUUUAAUCUGAACUUGUCCUUCCUGGUAAAUGAGACCAUUGCCAAGAUGGGGAACUUCAACGCAUGCGUGAUCGUGGCAGCAGUCAUGCACUACACUAUGCUGGCCACUUUCAGCUGGUUUUUCAUCCAGGCUCUACACUUGUGCUGGAUUCCUGACGCUGUUAUCCACCAGGGCGUCAACAUUGGUUAUUACGGUUUAGUGUUCAUCUUCACCUUUGGCGUAUUCGUCUUCACUGUGCGCCAGAUUAUGCUCCUUAAACCCAAGGCAGGGAAAGCUCAAGACUACAACUCCAUCAAGACCAACUCUUUCUCCAUUUUUGGCCUGUUCCUCCUGCUCGGCAUCACCUGGGCUUUUGCUUUCUUCAGCUACGGCCCUCUGCGCAUACCCUCCUACUACAUCUUCACCAUCCUCAACUCGUUUCAAGGUUUCUUCCUGUUCAUCUACUACUACAAUUCCAGCAAGUUUGGUCCAGUGGACAGACCCCUCACAGUCACCAGCAGCAGCACAGCUACAACAAAAACAGUUGUGUCACCUCUGCAGUAGUAAACUGUUUGUGCUAUAUAUGCUUUUCAAGUAGACAGAA